AUGUUUUUCAUCUUUUUUCUGGUAACCGCGAUUAUUCUAUUUGGUGUUCUUAUUGCAACUGCUUAUUUGACAUUUCUUGUACGACAUUCGAAUCAUUCCAACAAGCACAAAGAGAAAAAACAUGAGGUAAACGCGUUUUUCGGGUUUCAACAAAAAAAAAUCAAUUUUUUCAGUUAAAAACUUUGGCAGUCCUUGGAUCUGGAGGGCAUACAACAGAAAUGCUGGAACUGGAUCAAAGAGUUAGGCCCACAAUAUAA